AUGUUUAGUCAGCUACCUGUCGAUAUUGCUUCUCUUUCCUCGUCAUCUGAGACUUUCGAUUCGAAAUCUUCCGAUGGAGACGUUUCUAAGCAAAACCAAAAGUAUGGUUAUAACCAGUCAUAUCCAGUGCGUUGGGACGACCUUCCUUCAAAUGUUGAAGUUCCCACCAACAUUCGUUUUUCAUUGCAAUCCAUCUUCAAGAGCCUACAACCUGAAUAUUGGUGGAACAGAUAUUCAUCAGGUCAUCGAACUAAAUACGUGGGGCAUUUCGACAAAAGAUAUGAGCUAACUGAAUAUCAGCUAAUACGUGAAGUCAUUUGGGUCCUACUUGGUGCGGAAAACAGUUUUGUUUCACAGUUAACAAAGAUUCAGGGAGAUAUCAUUUUCAAGCCCCACCUCGUAUGCCUGAACCACUUGUCUGAUGGCGCUCUUGAUUCCUUUCUGCACAAGUUUGCUAGCUGGAAUGAUCAUGUACAAUUUCUUAGAUUCCUAGUUCAGUUUGUGGUAAGCAAGAUGGACUUCACGUCCCAUCCUUGUAUUUUUGCCUUCGUUGACUGUGUAAAUGAAUUCUUGUCCCAACUUGAUCAUUUCCUGCAUAAACUGGAGUGUAAGAGUCGUGGCUGUGGUAUUUUUACUCUCAUUAGUCUUCACCAGUGCUUGCUUCCUUGGUAUAACCGCGCCAAAAUUCUAACGAAAGUUAUAAGAGAUACUAUCGAAAGUGAUUUGCGGAGGCUGAGAGAGGCGCAUACUGUCGCGAAGCUACUAGAUACAAUAUACUCCACUGCAGCUUUUAUGGAGGACUGUAAUUUCGAUCAAUAUGCCGUGUUCAUGCUUCAUACUACGUUUGUCUAUACGUUUUUCCCUUUCCUUUCCUCAUUAUUCAAGUUGUUUUCAGGAUCCACUUCAUAUUCGGAUUCAUUCGUCCAGCUGUUUGUUGACAUCGACCAUAAUAUUCCACCCAAUGACCCUAGGUUCUGGCACACUGCUUUGAAACCUAAGAAAAAAAAGAUUGGUAUUUCUGACGUGCCAUGUAUUUUUUUUUCUGUCCUUGACCAAAUAUUUGAUGUAAUCAAAGCUCUUUUUUUGAUCAUUUCAAUUUGUGAAGAGACCGCAGACUAUUCCUUUCUGGAGAAAAUUGCUAUAGACCCUUCUCAGGUACGUGAUGAGUUCCGUCUCACCUACUUAUAUUUACUAUCAGAAAAACAAAAGGCUUUCAAACCCGACUGCUAUGAAUGCCCAGUUUCCUUACAAACAUACUCUACUUUCGACAGACCGAAUAAUAGUGCGAAGUCGUUGAAAUUGGAGCUAGAAAAUUUUGUAUGUAAACAAAGAAUGCUCAUCAAUCAGCAGUUAUUAUCGAUUACUCUUCCUCAUCUGAGCGAAGGCGGCAUACGAAGUAUUGGAGACUGUUUGACUACUGUGGGAGCAGUAUACCUUUUUGGUGCUGGUGACAAGAUGAAUGACUUUGCACGCCAAUUUUUUUGCAUUGUUUCAUCUUUAAAUAAUAGAAAGCUUGAUUCGGCAGGACUCACAAUCAAUCUUCAAGGAUAUUUCAACGAUACAUCCCGAAACUCUCAGGGACAGAAUGUUUUUCGUUAUCUAGAAUACUCUUUCUUUGUAUUUGGUGUUCAGAAAAUGGAUUGUUCAUUCAAUAGUCGAUCCACAAACUCACGUCUUGAUUUGAUCAAGGAUUUAAGUCUCAACUACCAUGUAGACUGGCCUGCAAAUAUAAUUUUGGAUGAAAAAAGUAUCACAGUUUACAAUGGUGUAUUCCUUUUCCUGCUUCAGAUCAAAUACACCAAAUGGAGUCUGGAGAACUUACGUCUUAGCAGUUUGAGAAGAGAAAUGUCAAAACAUUUUCCCUUUGAUCAUUAUCUUAUUGUAUUACGCAUCAAAAUGUUAUUCGUUUUCACAAGUUUACAUGAUUUCUUGGCGCAUAAAAUUGAAGCUAUCAGAAUUCAAUUUUCCUCUAAAUGGUGUCUUCCUGACUGUUCAUAUCCCAAGGAUAUCAAUUUCAGUAUUCCUGAGACGCUUAGUUUUUCUGAUCUUGUGCAGGACCACAAUAAUUUAAUCAGUGAAUUACAAUCUGUCUGUCUACUAACUGAAUCUUGCUCAUUACUUUUUACAGAGAUACAUAAUCUUUGCAGCAUGGGUCUUCAACUACAAGACUUGUGGAUAAGUAAUCUGUCUUCAGGCUCUAAUAAUUCAAUUUGUAAAGAAAAAUUAGAAAUACUUUCUGACCAGUUCGGGAGUCAUGUAAAGUUUCUUUCCUCAAUGUUAACACGCGUAGUAUGUUCGAGCAACAACAACCAACUCUCAUAUCUUUCUACCUGUUUUAAAAUUGCUGCUUCGUUUUCCUCAGACAUUUCGAAACCAGUCUCAUCGAAGUAA